AUGCGCCGAAUUCUUCUCACAUCUUCUCAAGUCUCGGUGCUCCUCACCAGUUUUGUUGUUAUUUCUUGUACUUGCGCUCUAUUUCUCAGCGGCUAUGUGAUCCAACAGCGCACCUUACGGGAUCUUCGUACCGCCAUCCGCCCUCGACAACCAAGACACAAGCCUCAAAUGCACCUUCCAGAUCAAUUCAAAAAGCACACCCAGCGCCUAGCCGAUGGCACAGUUGUGGAGAUAGAAAGCGAGGCCGAGCGGGAGGCGAACAAGAGACCAGUCCAGCAUAUCGAGGUAGCGCCCACGGUAUCGCGAGCCGAGGAGCCGCGGCUUGAGGUGCGACACACCGACAAGGUCGUCUCCCGCGAGAAACUCGCCAUCGUGGAGCAGCUCCAGGCGGACGUGGCCAAGAAGUCAUGGGCUGCUGAACAUCCCGAUCCGCUGGUGAAGAGCAGGGUGCCCAUCACCCGUGCGGAAAGACGCCGGCUCAUCAGGGAGGAGUUGAGGAAGCUGUCGGAUGCCGAAGAGUCUGUGUACUACCAGCGCCGGAUGUAUUAA